AUGUCUUUCACUGGAGAUGUGUGUGUGGUAACAGGAGCAUACGGCUUUCUCGGAGGAAAGCUAGUUAAGCUGCUACUAGAGGAAGAGAAUUUUGCAGAGAUUCGACUGUUAGACAGAUGUAUUCGACCUGAACUCACACAGUCACUAGAAGAUUGCCAGGGUGAGACAAAGCUGAGUACGUUUGAAGGAGACAUCAGGGACAGUGACCUGCUGAAGAAAAUCUGUAAAGGAGCAUCCAUCGUUUUCCACACUGCCUCUCUCAUCGAUGUCACUGGAGCUAUUAAAUAUAGUGAACUGUAUGAGGUAAAUGUGAAAGGUACCAAAUUGCUUCUAGAGGCAUGUAUCCAGGAGAAUGUUGCUUCCUUCAUAUACACCAGUAGCAUUGAGGUUGCUGGUCCAAAUCAUCGUGGUGACCCUAUUCUCAAUGGCAAUGAGGACACAGUGUACAACACUUACUUAAAGUUUCCCUACAGCCAGACCAAAAAGGAAGCUGAACAGCUAUGCCUUAAUGCCCAGGGUGAAAUACUUCAAAAUGGAGGCCGGCUGGCUACUUGUGUUCUCAGGCCAAUGUAUAUGUAUGGAGAGGGCUGCCGGUUUACUUUAGGUCAUAUGAGGGAUGGAAUCCAGAAUGGUGAUGUGUUACUGAGGACUUCACGACGUGAAGCUAAAGUCAAUCCUGUGUACGUGGGAAAUGCGACUCUUGCACAUCUGCAGGCCGCACGAGCCCUGAAGGAUUCAGAGAAGAGAGGUGUGGUUGGUGGAAACUUUUACUACAUCUCCGAUGACACUCCACCUGUCAGUUAUUCUGACUUCAACCAUGCUGUUCUGUUACCACUUGGCUUUGGCAUCCAGGACAGACCAUUCCUACCUUUCUUUAUUCUUUACCUCAUCUGCUUCCUCAUGGAGGUUGUCCAAGUCCUGCUCCAUCCCUUUCUACACUUUACCCCACCACUGAAUAGGCAACUUUUAAUAAUGCUAAACACACCUUUCACCUUCUCUUAUGAGAAGGCCCACCGAGAUCUGGGAUACACUCCUCGUUAUAACUGGGAAGAGGCACGCAAACGGACUACUGAUUGGCUAGCAUCUGUCUUGCCCAGAGAAAGACAACAAAUCAAUAUGAAAUAA